GUCACCGUACUCUACCCGCCGCCGUCUUCACUCUCCAAGUAUUCUACCUUCACUCCAUAAUCACUCCUUACGACUUAUAUCUGCACUCCCUCUACUCCGCUCUUUGUGGCUUGUCUGAACGGUCGUGGCGUCCCUGAUACCAGGCAACGCAUAAACGACCACAAUUACGCUCAUUACCCGACACUCUUUUCUGUACUACAACACUGUCUCAUCUCUCAGAUCGUAACCCUCUUUCCUGAUGCCGGUGCUGUACUAUCCAGCGCCUUCAAUCAUAUGGCGCGAUAUGACAUCAAGAUCGUCGCCGACUGCUCUGCCGAACGCGGACGUUGACGACCCACAACCGUCCUUCAUUCAUUUCUCGACCCUGGCUCUCAUUCUCAUCAGCAUUUCCGUAUUCCUCGUGCUCACCCUUGUCCCCGUCCUGGUCUGUCUCGCUCGGAGGCAGGGCAAGAUACCAAAACUUGCCAUUUCAAAACCAAGACAACGCGAAUCAGCCUGCCCGAUCGUCUACACUUCCUACUCGACCGCGGAUCUCCGAGUGUUACCUGGCCUUCCUGACCCGCCUUCCUUCGCUGGACGAUUCGAGUACUACAACGCAUCUGGCGGGAUGGUGAGUCUGAAGGAUGUGAUCGUGGAAGAUGAGAAACCCGGGUUCCUGAAGACCUCAGAUCGUCCCCACCUGCUGGAUCAGAACGCGAUCUCUCCCGUUACUCUCACAUUUUCUCCUGCAUUGCGCAGAAACGACUCCUCAAUCUCCGACGGACUGUCCGACUACUCCAAAUCUCAGGCCAUAGCCUCGCUGCGCGAUUCGGACAUCAUGUCUUACUAUCUGAAUACCACAAAGGCGUCGCUCGGGCUGCCGUCCCCUCUAUCCCCGGCUUAUUCGGCAAGAGACCCUUUCAGGGCAUUUCAAACACGGAGAAUAAAGCCCCCGAGCGCAGACAUCUCUCGAACUCCGUCCGAGUUCUCGGUUUCCAUUAAUGGAGAUGGACUCUCAGAACAUACACAAGUCCACCGGCGUUACAGUGGCUCAUCGCAUCGCAUACCCAAUGCGCCGCCUCGCAUCCCAACGCUAGUCGGGUUAGAUGCCUUCAGCACGAUAGGGACCGCAAUGAUGAAGCCCACUUCGCCGUCCAUCGGAACAACUGUGAUACAAUCACCUCAACCGCCGCAGCCAGCCUUCCAGCCGGUCAUGUCGUACAAAAGCUCUAAAUUUGAUCAGGACACAACUAGGUCGCACUUCUCACCGCCCACGCCCCUCUUAUCACCGAUGCCGGAAGAACCCCGAAGGGGCAGCGAUUUUAGUUUCAGCAGAUUCUAUGGGAGCUACGCACCGAUAACCCCGCAGCCAGCAACCGGCCAAAUGCCGCGCAGCCAAACGUUGGGAGAGAAGUUCAAGCACCGGAGGUUUUCAAGUGAAGUGAAUGCUCGUUUUGCUGUUGGCUUAGGAUUGGACCUGUCAGGACGGGCAGGAUACAUCUGAUGGAAGUCGCCGCUAGCGCGGAAUCCUCCUUGGAUGUUUUCUCAUUCUUUCGUUGGUGAUAUUGAUCAGCCUCAUGUAGCGCAUGUCUGUAUAGCAUUCGUACACUUCAAAUGUCAUUCCC